AGCCUCGGCCAGAGCAGUGCACAUCCCUCACUGGGCCGCAGUGGGGACCACAAGGCUGGAAGUUCGUCCGCCCCGGUAUCUGCUCGCGCCGCAGACAUGGCUCCUAUCCUGCAAGUGUUUGCUGUCACGCUCGCCUCAACUCUCCUACAGACUGUCACAUCGGCCAGCUUCAAUGACACUAUUUAUGUGGUGACCAUCAGCUCCCGUGUGACGAGUGGGCAGCAAGAGACCCUGUGUGCUCAGAUCUGGACCCCCGUGAAGCAGACCACUUUGCGCAUUGUCCUGAAUGAUGGAUCCACAGACAGUCUGAUCCUGGAGCAGCCUGUCCAGAGCCACUUCUACCGCUGCUUUAAAUUCCAGGUCCCUCUAAUUAAAACCAGAACUGUGGCAACCCUUAAUGUGACGAUCCAGGAUGAGAGCAACUCAAUGAGCAAGAAGACUAAAGUCCUGAUCGAACCUCCUAGUUUCAUCCACAUCAUCCAGACCGAUAAACCCAUCUACAAACCCGGACAAACCGUCCAGUUCCGCAUCGCCUCCAUGGAUGCCAGCUUCAUCCCCGUGGAUCGAGUGUACAAAGAGGUGGCGCUCCAGGAUCCAAACUCCAAUCGCAUCGCCCAGUGGCUGGAUAAGGUCGUCGUUAGUGGGAUCCUGGAUCUUUCCCACCCCACCAUUCCUGAAGCUGUACAGGGAAGCUACCUGAUCACCGCCAUGACGGACAAAGGAGAGCAGAUAUCCCACAGCUUUGAAAUCAAGGAAUAUGUUUUGCCAAAGUACGAAGUGACGGUCCAGCUGCCCAGCGUGAUAACCAUCCUGGACCGGGAGGCCACCAUGAAGAUCUGUGGAAGGUAUACAUACGGGAAACCAGUUCUUGGCUCAGUGAAAGCAGAGUUUUGCAGAACUGCCAUCCGGUUUUACUGGUACGUCCGUGCCCCAGAAACAGACCUCUGCAAGACGUAUCAGCUGACUACGGAUAAAAGUGGAUGUGCCUCACAAACGGUAGAUCUGUCUGAGUUCUCCCUCAACAAUAACCUGUAUGCAGACAGCUUUGAGGUGACGGCUGAACUGGAGGAGUUUGACACCGGAGUUGUUCUUAAAGGCAGUGGGAGGACCAGCUUCAGCACCCAGAUCAGAACCGUCACCUUUGAGGACGUUCCUGAGGCAUACAAACCCGGCAUCCCAUUUGAAGGAAAGAUAAAAGUGGUUAGUCCAGACAGCACACCUGUUGCUGAUGAGGUCGUCUACCUGUUUGUGAGAGAUUCUGAGCCACUGUUGCUCAGAACAGACCUGAAAGGCAUUGCUGUGUUUUCUCUGGACACUUUGAACUGGAAGGACUCCUUCAGUCUGAGGGUGAGCACCAAAAACGCCACUGAUAACGAACCGUAUGUGCCCAAUGUGCGCAGACCAGAGUACGGCUCGGCUUACCACUACAUCACUGAAUUUUACUCCAAGAGCAGGAGUUUUCUGAAGCUCAUGCAGGUCAGCGAGACAUUGUCCUGUGAUAAGGAUGCAUCUCUGCAGGCUCAGUACAUCAUCCAGGGGGAGGAGCUAAAGCAGGAUCAGGAAGUCCUGCACUUCUUUUACCUGGUGCUGUCCAGAGGUGCAAUUGUGCAGCAUGGUCGUAUCCCAGUGAACGUCAAAGGAGGAAAUGUGAACAAAGGUGAGCUGAGUGUUCCUCUCAGCGAGGUGGCGAACCUGGCUCCGGUCGCCCAGGUGGUGCUUUACACCGUGAUGCCCAGCGGAGAGGUGGUGGCCGACAGCCAGAGCUUCCCCAUCCAGCUGUGCCUCAACAACAAGGUGUCCCUGAAGUUCUCCUCCCUCCAGGAGCUUCCGGCCGAGAAGACCAGUCUGAACCUGCAGGCUCACCCCAGCUCGCUGUGCUCGGUCCGGGCCAUCGACCAAAGCGUCCUCCUGCUGCAGCCGGAGCAGGAGCUCACCGUCGACUACGUGUACAGCCAGCUGCCCGUGCAGAAGCUGUCGGGGUACUUCUACGAUGUGGAUGACUUCGAGCCGUACCCCUGCUUCCCAAUACCAAGACCUUGGCCUGAGGCUGAACCUGAACCAGAACCUGAACCAGAACCUGAACCAGAGAGAAGCAGGCGCUCUCUCUACUUUGGAGGAUCAAAUCAGAAGAAUGACGUCUUCAGCGUCUUUAAAGAAAUUGGGAUGAAACUCGUGACCAACUCUGACGUGAAGAAACCGAUUGACUGCCACAGAAAGAAAUACGACAUUUUAUAUAAUGUUGAAUAUGACUCUGUUGUUCCGAUGGCCUUCAACAUGAUGCCGCAGAGGGCCGGUGAGAAAGGCGCGCAGGCAGAAAAUGAGGAGGUGAAAGCUGAGAAAAAGGAGACGGUCAGAACCUUCUUCCCUGAGACCUGGAUCUGGGACCUGGUUCCUGUGGGAGAGACCGGGUCCGUGGACCUGGAGAAGACCGUCCCCGACACCAUCACCAGGUGGGCGGCGGGAGCCUUCUGCGUGUCCUCUGCAGGCUUCGGCAUCUCGCCCAACGUGGGACUCACCGUCUUCCAGCCGUUCUUCGUCAGCCUCACGCUGCCCUACUCUGUCAUCAGAGGCGAGGUGUUCACGCUCAGAGCCACCGUCUUCAACUACCUGUCCAGGUGCAUCAUGGUGAAGGUAACCCUGGCCGAAUCAGACCAGUACAGCUCCAAAACCUGUGAUGGUUGCCAGUACACAGCAUGUGUGUGUGGAGAAGAAAGCAGGACCUUCUCGUGGAUCGUCACGCCGACCGCUCUAGGAAACGUGAGCUUCAAGGUCAGCGCCGAGGCCCUGAAGACUGAAGAACUGUGUGGCAACGAGGUGGCCGCGGUGCCUGAGGUGGGCCGAAUCGACACGGUCAUCCGCCCCCUGCUGGUGGAGCCUGAAGGAUCGCCGCAGAUGGUCAGCCACAACGCCCUGCUGUGUCCUGCAGAAGGACCGGUGGAGAAGAACGUCUCGCUGCUGCUGCCUGAAAUCUUUGUGGCAGAAUCCGCCCGAGCGUCCGUCUCCGUGCUGGGUGAUCUGAUGGGCCGGGCCAUGCGGAACCUGGACCAGCUCCUGGCCAUGCCGUAUGGCUGCGGGGAGCAGAACAUGGUCCUGUUUGCUCCCAACAUCUUCAUCCUCAACUACCUGAAAAGCACAGGUCAGCUGACUCUGGAGAUCCUGGAGAAAGCGACGCGCUUCCUGGAGAGCGGAUAUCAGAGGGAACUUAACUACAAGCACGAUGACGGGUCCUACAGCGCCUUCGGGAAGAGCGAUGACUCUGGAAACACCUGGCUGACUGCUUUUGUGAUGAAGUCCUUCGGGGGUGCCAGACCCUACAUCUUUGUGGAUCCACAGCACAUUAAGGAUGCCAGGGACUGGCUGUCCAGCCACCAGAGGCCUGACGGCUGCAUCAGCUCUGUUGGAAAGCUCUUCCACAACGGCAUGAAGGGAGGAGUGAGCGAUGACGUGUCUCUGACGGCCUACGUCGCUGCUGCCAUGCUGGAGCUUGACGGAGACGCCACGGACCCCAUGGUGCAGAAGUGCCUGGGCUGUCUGAAGGCAGCAGUGGCCACCGACGCAGACAACCUGUACACCACCUCCCUGCUGCUCUACACCUUCACUCUGGCUGGGAACCAGGAGAUGAGGACCAAACUCAUCACCUUCCUGGACCAGAAGUCCAUCGCAGAGGGAGGCACCCUUCACUGGAGGAGAGAGGAGGCUUCUGGGAAAGGCUUGGACUCUCUGGAGGUAGAGAUGACCUCCUACGUUCUGCUGGGCCUGCUCCAAGAGCCGUUCAUGCCAGGCUUUGGUCUGGAUUAUGCCAGUGGAAUCGUCCGCUGGCUCACCCAGCAGCAGAACCCGUUUGGCGGUUUCUCCUCCACACAGGACACUGUGGUGGCCCUCCAGGCUUUGGCUAAGUAUGGCGCUGCCACCUACAGUCCAGAGGGCAGCACUACGGUGACGGUGAUGUCUUUAGGAGGCAUGAAUGUCCAGUUCAUGGUGAAUCAGACAAACAGGCUGCUGUACCAGGAAGAGAAGCUGACUGAGAUCCCCGGAGAGUACACCAUCAGAGCUGAGGGGCUGAGCUGUGUGCUGGCUCAGAUCUCCAUGCAUUACAACAUCCCUCCUCCGGCCGACUUCUCCUCCUUCAACAUCUCCACCAGCACCAUGGCUAAAUGUGGCAGCAACCCACCGCAAUUCAUCCUCUUCCUACACGUCAGGUAUCAGGGAAGGAGAGAGGAAACCAACAUGGUCAUCAUCAACGUCAAACUGCUGUCUGGACACGUUCUGGAUCAGAGCUCCCUGAAGCUGCUGCAGGACGACCGCUCGGUGAAGCGCGUUGACGUGGACAAAGGCUUCAUCAACAUCUACCUGGAUGAGCUGAAGAAGGAUGAGACGAGAAUCUACAGUGUGACCCUGGAGGGUGGUCAGCAGGUCUGGAAACUGAAACCUGCGGUGGUGAAGGUCUACGACUACUACCAGACCGGUGAUGAGGCGGUCGCCCAGUAUACAUCCCCCUGUGCAGAUGGUGACGGCGUUAACACAGUGUAAGACCCACUUCCUGCAGAGCUUCGACGGACCCGUUGCUGUCCAUGGAGGAACCAGUUAAAGAAACGUCUCUAAAAA